CAAAUUUCAAGAAAUGGUAUAGAUGAUGGUGUAAAUUGGUCCUUUUUUAGUUUCGAUUUCAAAGUAAUCAAUUCGUACCCAUAUAAAGUCUGUGUUAGGGAUAAGAGCAAAUCACAGUAAAUAUAUCGAAAUGAAGAUUGAAGCAGCCACCAAUCCCAAAAAUCCUUAUGUAUGCCAGCCAAGCUUUUUCACAAGAAACUUCGUCCCUUCUUAAACCUCCCUUUAAAUUCAGAAACACCUUACAUCAAAUCAAAUCACACCUUCAUUAUCGAAAAAAAAAAAAACCAUUAAAUCCCACCACACACACUCACACACUGGCCUUGUAUACAUAUAUAUCGAACACACACGUUCACAUAGUUCAAAAGAUUGAGAAUAAACUCUCUCUAUUUGCUCUGUUUUUUCUUCAACAAUGGGUUCCCCUGUUUUCCUCAUCGCCAUCACGAUUACAUUCACAAUUCUCCACCUUUCUUCUUCAACAUCUUCGGUUUUGGUCUUCCCAUUGACGCACUCCCUUUCGAAUUCCCGUUAUUCCACUCCGUCCCACCUCCUGAAAUCCACUUCCACCAACUCCGCCGCCCGUUUCCGCCGCCACCGCCAGGUCUCCCUCCCCUUGAACCCCGGCAGCGACUACACCUUGUCGUUCACCCUGGGUUCACAGACUAUAUCACUCUAUAUGGACACCGGGAGCGACGUCGUUUGGCUCCCCUGCCACCCUUUUGAAUGCAUGCUCUGUGAAGGCAAAUAUAAUCCCGCCGCCAUCCCAAACGCCGGCCCGCUCAACCUCACGUCUGCCAAGCCGGUCACGUGCAAGUCACCUGCUUGCUCCGCUGUUCAUUCUUCCUUGCCUUCCUCCGACCUCUGUGCUAUAGCUAAUUGUCCGUUGGAUGAGCUCGAAACUUCGGAUUGCAGGAAAUUCUCUUGCCCUGCUUUUUACUAUGCUUAUGGCGAUGGAAGCUUGAUAGCUAAGCUUUAUCAAGAUAAUUUAUCUCUGUCUCUUUCUUCGCCGGAUUUCGUAUUAAAGGACUUUACUUUCGGUUGUGCUCACACGGCGUUGGGAGAGCCGAUUGGGGUCGCCGGAUUCGGCCGUGGAGCUCUUUCCAUGCCGGCUCAGCUCGCCCGGUCGUCCCCUGAAAUUGGGAAUUAUUUUUCCUACUGUUUAGUUUCGCAUUCUUUCGAUGAUAAUCGGGUUCGGAUACAGAGUCCGCUCAUUCUGGGUCGGUAUAAAUCGGCCGGCGAGAAUAAAGAAAAACAGUCCGGCGAGAACCAAAUCGGCGGCGACGGGUACGUUUACACUCCGAUGCUCAAAAACAAGAAGCAUCCGUAUUUCUACUAUGUCGGGCUUGAUGGGGUUUCGGUCGGCAGGAAGAGAAUUCCGGCGCCGGAGAGUUUGCAGAGGAUCGACGGGAAAGGAAACGGCGGAAUGGUGGUGGAUUCGGGGACUACCUAUACUAUGCUGCCGCCGGAGUUUUACAACUCCGUUGUGACGGAGUUUGGAAAGCGGGUGGGUUCUGUGUAUAAGCGGGCCGGUGAGGUGGAGGACCGGACCGGGCUCGGGCCGUGUUAUUACAUGACCGGAGGCGGCGAUAAAGCGGCAGCGGGGGUGGUGCCGCCUCUGUUAUGGCAUUUUGCCGGGAAUUCCAGUGUGGUGAUGCCCAGGAGGAAUUAUUUCUAUGAGUUUUUGGACGGUGGAGAUGACGGGAAGGUGAAAAGGAAAGUUGGGUGUUUGAUGUUGAUGAACGGUGGAGAUGUGGGAGAAUCUAGUGGGCCCGCUGGGUUGCUGGGGAAUUAUCAACAACAGGGGUUUGAAGUUGUUUAUGACUUGGAAAAAGGGAGGGUUGGAUUUGCAAGACGGAAGUGCGCAUCUUUGUGGAAAAACUUGAACUAGAAUUGCUAACGUGCGCUUUUCUUUUUUGGGGGGGUUGAAAAUAAAGUCAACUUUUGGGGAGUUGACUCCGAAGAAGGCUGCAUUUCUUGCUUCUAUGAUUCUUCAUUUUCUUUGUAUAGUUUGUAUUACUGUAUUUGUUUAUUUGUACAUAUCACAAUGGCAGCGGAGUGAAAGAUUUUUAGAAGCAUAAAAUGGAGAAGAAAAUUGAUACAUAUUUGAAAUAUGUACAUUUUGGAGUUGUAUUGAUUCAUAUUGGUUGAUUUUUUCAUCUUUUCUAUUUCUUUUCUUUCAACGAAAUUUGAACUUCUGUGUUGUUGAUAAUUGUUGACGUAACUUUAUUAUUUU